AUGGCCGACCCUCGUGCUGCCUCGUCGCUGAGUGCAUAUGGCAGACGGGAUGGCCCAGUUACGCCAGAGCCUCCCACGAGGUUUAGUUACGACAUCGCCGAGAGAGGAGAACCCAGCAUGAACGCUCUCCUCCACGCUCCUCUAUCCCCUGAACGACCGCUUGCUUUCUCCGAUGACGAAACUCUUCCACGCUACCACCACAAGUCUCGUGGAGCUGCUGCAGUUCCUAGCGGCCUUCAAGCCGGUCGACCGAAACGAGCCCGUUCGAAGCGACCCCAAAAGACCCAGCCGAGCAGUGCAUUCUUGCUUCAGGAGCCCAUGGCCACAGAUGAUGACUCCGGAAACCAACGCCGGGCACAUCGAAGUAAAUCUCGACACAAGGGGAAGGAUGUCCAAGAGCCUUAUUUAUCCAAUGGCGCACGGGACCUAGGUCUUGGGAUUAGCUCCGGCAGCGGUCCUCGAGCUCGCAUCGUGUCGCCAGAUACAUCUCAGGAGGAGUUGCAUAUAACAAAGAGGAAUGAAGCGCAAAGGCGAGGCCGUAGGGCGCACGCUUCACAACCCGGUGCUGCUUUGGACGUUGACUCAACCCAGAUAGUCAACAUGGCAUUGAAUCUGAGCGAAUCACGGCGAAUUGCGUCUCGGCGCAACAUUAGCCGCGGCAACCCUCCACGUCUGGCACCCGUACAAGACUCUCAGACCGGGAGCAAUCUCAGAGCACAUCUUCAGCAACAAAGAAAGGCUGUCAGAGGGGCAUCGCCGAUUCCGAACCAAAGUCUUACACCACGACUGCCGGGUGUUCGAUCCAGUAGUCCACUGCGCCCUUCACCAUUCGAAGCUACCGACGCCUCGUACCGUUAUCAUUUUUCGACAUCAACUUUGGCGAGAGCGCAGAAGGCCAGAGAACACCUAGAGUUAAUGGCCCAGUAUAGACGAUUGCUACAGGUUCUUCCUCCACUUAAGACUGGCUACGAUAGACCUUCAGCUUCAAGCCCACCUGGAUCACCUACAGAGGGGAAAAUGCAUACCUUUGAGAGCAGAGAGUUCAUGAUUCCACUUGGUCGAGAGUACAACCCGUUGCAGUAUAUCCGAAAUCGAAAAGUCAGAGCUCGUGAACGAAUGGUCAUCGAUGGUGAGAAGCAAGGAUUUGCUGACGUCGAAUCUGUUAAAGAUUGGGUCAAUGAGGCUUCGGAGCGAGCUUCGAGGGAGCUUCUUUCCAGUGACGGCUCCAUUCUGCCACCAUUCCCUGGGGCUGAAGAAAUCGAUUCUCAGAUAGCCACGGAUUCAGCUGCCAAGGUGGCACUGAGAGUUCGGCGUCCAAGAGUUGACUGGUUCUUCGAAGCCUGCGACUUGAUUGCAGAUGCCUACUGGCUCGAACAGGACCACCACAAGCAACUCAUUGAAGACAGAAAUCUCAACAAAAUAUACCCACAAACAGGAGAAACCCUAAGCCGGCCGAUUUCAGGACAGACCGAUGAGCUUGGAACAGGUGUACCGCCUUUCAUAACUGAAACCAUGGAAGAAAUGAAUGGAAAAGCAAACUCGAACGAGUCCAACCCUUCGAAGCCCGAGAUUGAAUUUCUCGAACCAAGCCACAGAGACCGAGCACGGCAGAAACUCCACGAGAUGGGAUCUUUCCACCGACAGACUGGCUCAGUGCACCAUCGUCGUUUCAGGAGACGGGGAUCAUCUUCGGAUGAUUCCGCCAGUGAAGACGAUAUGCCAACCGAAGGAAAGGCCCGACGUGGAACAAUAUCAAGUCGCGAGACUGAACUACUGGAGAAGCAAAUGUUGGAAAUGGUGGCCCGAGACAUGAGACAGCAAAGACUCUCUCAUGUCCAGGAGACCGAAGCUGAGUACAUGCAGCCCGAGGACUCGACUUCACCUGAACCCAAACCACAAACUCAGCUGGCCACUAGUAGGGAAUGGAACAUGAUGGAUUCUAAAGAUUCAGAAAACCGCCCCAUUCAUAACAGAGCUUCCUUGGAAAUCCCAUCACUGUCAAAACUGGGAAGGAAUACGGGAGGAGGGUCCCAACACGGCAGAAACAGCAAAGAACAUACCGACUCUCCACAGCCCAUGUCGCCUGAACUUGCUCCUCAAUACAGUCUAUCUGCACCACCGACUGGUCUACAGCUGUCGGCACCGUCCAGUCGAUCAUCAUCUCCCUCCAGAAACCCAUUUACAAAAGUAAAGCAAAUCUUUAGGGACAAGACGCGCGACGAGUCUGAAGAACAGGCAUUGGAGACGGAGGCAUCCAGUAGAAGACCUUCCAUCCCAGAUCCGUUACCCCCGACGGAAACGAAGCCACUUGAACGACAUCCAUCAAAUUCACGGCCAACCUUCGAGAGCCACAAACACCAGCGUAGCGUGGGUAGUAUUAGACCCAGGGGCGACGACCAGGUUGGACUUCGAGGCAUGUUUAAAGGCCCUCGUAUUGACACGGUAAUCCGAGGUGGUGUUUCGAGAUUGGGUGAUAUGCUGUGGAAAAAGGACAUCCCCAUGGACGGAACCACUGAUGUUCUCUCUUCUGAUGAAUCUGAUAAUGAUCAGCCCAAGGGAAGAUCGAGGAUUUCUCUCAAUUUGUCGCGAACAAACUCGAGGCGUAACAAGGCAGAGCCUCAACAUGGGGCUAAACACUUCUUGGAUUCGAUGCCACAGUUCCAGCCCAUGGCAGAAAUCCAUGGCCAGUCAGCAACUGACGUGAAGAAGUUACAACCUUCUCAAUCUCGCGCUGAGGUCAGCAAAGUGCCCGCGCCUGAUAUUUCUGGAAUCUCAAGCCCUAGCAAGCCUCAGCAAGUUGAAAAGGUGACCAUUGUUGAGCCUGCCAUGUCAGAGGUAGAGUCGUGCCAGGAGAGUGUCAAGGAUGGCCCUCGGAUUUCAGAAAGGGAGGGUGACGAGGCUGCUCCAAUGGUUCGGUUCAAUGAGCCUGAUAAUUUCAGAGCACGGAAGUGGUCUAUUGCAAAUCAGGCCAUUCCCCAGGAAGGACAACUCUCGAAGCGUGAAAUUGCCCGACUUCGUACGCUUAUUCUUACCUCUGGCAUCAAAGCCAUGGAGAUUUCUCGCCGGGCUCAAGAGCUGAAGAAACCACUUCCUAGCAAUGGCCUUCAGGAAUUGGUUUCUUCACCACAAUCAUGCCCAGUGGGAAUACCAUGGGUUGACAUCGCGAAAUUGACGCCCAAAAAGUCACUGCCUUUCGACGAUGCGCUCCCUUGCUCCGACCAUUUCCGCCUAGCUCGCCAGACCCUAGACGUGGCGAUCCAAACAUCGAUUGAGCAGUGGCAGACGUCAGCUGAUAGAUUCACUGCCCAAACGCGUCCUAAACUAGAGGAGCGCAUCUGGUGCGUCCGCUCUCGAAUCGCGGAUGAACUAUCAGGCAUGACACGUGAGGCAUCAGACCAAGCUGAUGAGACGGGUAAAGACUUGGCCUUGGGCCAGCUUCUCAAGGUCAAGCAUGUCACCGAUCUGACCGACAAGAUGAUGCGCAACCGACGCAGAAGAUUCAGAUGGCUCCGCCGCGGAAUGUGGUCCGUUGUUGAAUGGGUGCUUGUUGGCUUCAUGUGGUAUGUUUGGUUUGUUGUUACCAUUUUCAGACUCUUUCUGGGCCUUGGGCAGGGCAUUUGGCAAGGUGUCAGAUGGCUCCUUUGGCUAUGA